AGAGACCCGUUAUUUUUAAAAUGGAAUUAGAAAACAGAGACGGAUAGAGAGAGUGAGAGAGAUGGGAGAGAGAGAGAGAGAGAGAAUGUUACAGUUUCCGGCGUUCAUGAAACAGUAUCCAGCGUCGACGAGCAUGAUCCCCUCCUCGGUUCUGCUUCCAUCUCAGUGGCCCCACCCGCAAAGCGACGAACUUCUCCUCGCCAUGGAAGAGGCCGAUCUCGAAGAAAAGUGUAAUGAGAUCCGAAAGACAAAUACCAACCUGGUUGUGAUUGGGGAAAUGACUGUGGAUAAUGACAAAGAAGACUUUGAUAAUGAUGUAGAUGAUGAUGAGGCUGACAAUGCAGAGGAGUCAGAAGGUGAUGAGUUCGAACAGGAAACCGGUUAAUUGAAGCAAUUAAAAAGGUUAUAUUAUGCAAUCUCUAAAUUUGAUCCUUAUAUCUGUGUUGCACUUAGGUAAUGCAUUACUUAUU